GACACACAACACAAGACUGGGACUUACAUUUUUAGUAGUAACAGAUAGAAAAUUGGAAACGCCAAUAACGGACUGUUAGAAGGGAAGGUUAUUUAAAAGGCAAGUAAAUCAUUCUGUAGUCCUGUAUCUGCAGAACGAUGAUGGCGACACCCAUUCCUGUUCCUGAGCUGCUGUUGGCCAUUUUAGAAGAGCUAAUCACUGAAGACCUUAAGACAUUCCAGUGGUACCUGACUGAGGCUGUGCUCGACGAUUUUCCUCCCUUCCCUAAGAGCAAGCUGGAGAACAUGGACAGGCUAACCACUGUGGAUAAGAUGAUCAAGACCUCAAGCUAUGAGGGAGCUGUCAAGGUGUCACUAGAGAUCCUGAGGAAGAUGAAGCACAACAAUCUCGCUGAGAAACUACAGAGAGACAGCCAAACAUCCUGUCCUGUGUGCCAUGACAUCCUCAGGGAUCCUGUUAUACUGUCAUGCCACCACAAAGUCUGCACAGUCUGUAUACAUGAAUGCUGGAACCAGAAAGAUUCUCGGGAAUGCCCUGUGUGCAAGAAGAGGAUCUUAAUGGAUACAGCAAGGUCUGAGGUGCUCUGCAGUUUGCACAGUGAGAAAUUCAAACUAUUCUGCCUGGAGGAUAAAAAGCUAAUCUGUGUGGUAUGUCAGACUUCAAAAAAACACAAAAACCAUAACUGUAGCCCCAUAGAUGAAGCUGCACAGGAUCAGAAGGAAGAACUCCAGACAGUAAUGAAUUCCUUAAAGGAGAAGCUUGGGGUCUUUAGUAAAAUUAGCCAAACCUGUGCUGAACACAUCUUGAGCCAGGCCCAGCACACAGAGGGUCAAAUUAAGGAGCAGUUUGAGAAGCUUCACCAGUUUCUACGAGAGGAAGAGGCAGCCAGGAUAGCUGACCUAAAGGAGGAAGAAGAGCACAAGAGUCGAGUGAUGAAAGAGAAGAUUGAAGAAAUGAGCAGAGAGAGUUCAUCACUUGCAAACACAAUCAGAUUCUUAGAGGAGGAGCUGAAAGCUGAAGACCUCUCAUUUCUGCAGAACUAUGAGUCCACAAUGGAAAGAGCCCAAUGCAAACUGCCAGAUCCAAUGCUGGUCUCAGGAGUGCUGAUAGACGUGGCUAAAUACUUGGGCAACCUGCAAUUUAGAGUCUGGGAGAAGAUGCAUGAGAUUGUGAAAUACACUCCUGUGAUUCUGAACCCCAAUACUUCCCAACCACAUCUCAUCCUGUCUGAUGAUCUGACCAGUGUGAGACACCGUGAUGAAGACAGCAUCAAUGACAGUGAUGAAACACUGCAGCUUCCUGACAACCCAGAGAGGUUUGAUACCUUUAGAAUGGUCCUAGGCUCCGAAGGCUUUAAUUCGGGGACACAUAACUGGGACAUUGAGGUUGGGGACAAUACUCACUGGUCACUGGGUGUGAUUACAGAAUCUGUCCAGAGGAAGGGAGAAGUAAAGAAUGGAUACUGGCAAAUCCGAUUCACUGGUGGUAAAUAUGAUACACAUUCUCCAUCAGGGUCAGACACUCUCCUUACUGUGAGACAGAAACCCCUGAGGAUCAGAGUGCAGCUGGACUGGGAUGGAGGUAAGCUGUCAUUCUCUGACCCUGAUAAUAAGACAGUUCUACACACAUUCACACACACUUUCACUGAGAAAGUCUUUCCUUUUUGCCUUAAUGGCUGUAAACUCCACCCUGUGAGGAUUUUACCAGUGAAGGCCUGUGUGACAGUGGAAAAGCCCAAUGAGCCCUUCUUACAGGACACAAGUGUCAGAGGCUUAACAGCGAAAACCCACAAUGAUUAUGAUAUGUUCGAUGAUUCAUACGAUGAUAAUCAUGAGGACUCUUAUGAAUCUGAGGACGAUGCCGAUGAAUGUGCAGACUUCGAUUAUGAUUAUGAAGACGAAGAAGACGAAGAAGACGAAGAUGAUUAUAAAUAAGAUGACAAAUAUGAUACUAUCUCGAUCUCCAACAGUUAAACUAUAGUAUAAGUACAAUAUAUGCAGGGUGUGGGAAUGGAUUUGAUGUUCUUAUGAAGAAACUAAAAUUACUGUAGGUCAUUUUUUUAUGUAACUGAAUUAUUUUUGAAAAUCAACAGCAUGGAACAAUAUACAGUAUAUUCUUUUUUUAUAUGACUCCAAAUAUGUUUUAACUGUAAUAUCAAUGGCUGAGUCUAUUUACUUUAAUUGUUAAUAAAAACAUUGGUUUGGAAAAGUAAGAUCUAACACAGUGGCCAAUUUAGUUAAGAACAUACUUAACAGCCAAUGGAAGCAUUUAGCUGCCGAAACUCAAUUGGUAAUGCAAAUGUUAAAUCUAUAUGAUUGCAAUUCCUUUGUGACAAAAUUCAAAUUGAAAUGCAAAAAAAGAUUGCAUUUUCAUGAUUGAGUAUGAUCCAUUAAUUUCCAUGGUACUAUGCAGUACAACACUGACACAUUUAAAAAUCAAACGUAAAAGCUUAUUACAUUUCUAGGGUUGCAGGUAGCCUUGUUACAUUUGGGGCGGCAGGUAGUCUAGUGGUUAGAGUGGUAGGCCAGUAACUGAAAGGUUGCUGGAUUGAA